CGCAUUACUGGGUCGAUUGAAGGGGGAAGAAUGAUGGGGAAAAUUGAAAACAGGAGGCUUUGUUUUUCCAGGUACUCUGUUUACUGGAAUGUCUUAACUCUAAAAUCAGUAGCCAAGAAACUCAUCCAAAUUCAGCAUUUUAUAUCCAGCGACGUAAUCCCUGAUCAAAUCCCUCUAGUCCACUUAGAAGAGUCACCACUGGCUGCAACAUCCAUACAUAAUUUAGAAGCGCCACCAUUUCUAAUCUCGUCUUUCUGGGCUGCCGCCGCCUGCGAAAUUCCCUGCCAUGGCAGCUGCGCCUGCGAUACCAACUCCGAUGACGAAGAAAUUUGAUUCGUGACAGAGCCGGAAAAGUUUUGUGGGUUCUGGCUGCAAUUGGUUACCCUGUUGCUGAAGAACGUAAAGGAGCUUCCAUUUAUGAUUUAUCCUUCAAUCUUUUCAACCAACCUGGAAAUAAAAUAAUCAACAAUAGAUAAACCAAUGAUAGUUAGUCAUAAUUAAAUGGGACUAGUAUAUAAUUACCUAUUUCUCCAUUUGGAAUAGAGGAGCAGAAUAAGAAGUGUUCUCGAGGCGUGAGGUCCUGCAGCUCUUCUCAGUUCUUGUCAACCAUGUUUCAAUUUAUUAGGGUCGUCGAUUGCUCUACCUCCGGAGAAAACGAAGGAGCAUGAAAGAGAAACUUUAAUUAACUAUUCUUCAUUAAUAUAUUGAUGGAGGACCUUCAGCCGAAAAAGGUAAUUAAGGACGCAAGAAAAACUAAAUCAGCAAUAAAUAAAUUAACUGAGCAGUUUGACACGUGGCAACAUUUCAUUUGCCUGGAGUACCACAUCACCAUGCCUACGUGGUACUCCGGGUGUAGCCAAUAAUUCCUCCGAAAAGAGAGGCUGAAACUGGACUGAAUCGUGAAAGAAAUUUUUGUUUUUGUUGGACAGUCACAGACUCACAGUCGUCUUCAAUUCGUUUCUUCUUCAGCGAAACAGGCGGAAGGAGUGGCCCCCGCUCUCCGCUCCAUUUCACACACCAGCACCAGCACCAGCACCAGCAGCAAUCUUCUGCCUCUAUUUCUCUCUCCCUCUGCUACAAAAUUUGUCCAGGGAAUCCCGGAGAGGAGAGAUAGAUGCUUCUGUAGCUUCUUCCAACUGCGUGUAUGCAGACUACAGAGACCACCCCACCACACCACUGAGAGACAAGCAGAGGCUACAGUUUCAGCUGGGAUACACGGGAAGCAAACUCAGAAAGAAAGAAAGAAAGAAAGAAAGAAGCAAACAAAAUAACAGAGAGGGAGAGAGAAGAAGAGGAUCUAAUGGAUUACGAGCGGAUACACAAAGUUCAGACUGGGGUGAUAUCGCCGAGUAAACUGAGGAUGAAGCUAAUUAGACCUCACCAUACCAGCAGCAGCAGCAGGAAGAAAGAAGGUUCGUCUAAUUGCAGCUCCUCUCGCACUUCUCCUUCCAGACUUGGUGACACUGAAUUCGUCAAGAGCAGUCUCUUAGAUUCCAAGGACGACAACCAACCAGAUUUCGGCUAUGAAGGUGGGGCGCCCUCCUCAGGGUUUACAUCUACAACUGUUACAAGUGAGGCAGCAUUAGACCCUGACACGGGACGCCAUCAUCCACCCAACGAAAGCAACACCCACGAUUUGGAUCAUGCCAUGAUACAUCAGCUCUUGAGGUCCGAAAGCGUCAACUCAAAUGCAGUCCCCAUGGUGAGAGCCACUGAAGAUGAGAAUCCAGGGUACGAUAGCUCGUCCAGCUUCGAGUUCCCUAACGAGAGAUCCGCUGCACAGAGCCAGCUGGUGAGAUCAAUGUCCAGGCCCAUGUCGUCCAAGUGGAAUGAUGCAGAGAAAUGGAUCAUCAGCAAGCAAAACGUGCAGCAGAAGCAGCAUCCUGGUGGUGGUUACCCUAAGAAGAAUGGGUUCCACAACAACCAAGGUAGUAAUCGGGUGCCCGUUACUACACACAUGGGUCGGGUUGCUCCCGGGCUAGUAGCCACUGGUGGUGGUAGAAUGGUGGACACCAAGCGUGUAGAUUGUUGUCAGACUGCUUCCCAGCCUGGGUUGGAGAGAUUCUCUUUCCUUGAUGCACCUGGAACUCCCUCCAUUUCUGGUCAGGCAAAUACGUUGAUGGAUCAGUAUGGUCAGAGCAAGGAUUUGAAGGAGCUGGAUCCAACGGCACUAUCAUCCACGAACACUUCUACAGAAGACAGGACAGUGGUGCCUGUGAUAAGAUCAGUUUGUAUGAGAGACAUGGGAACUGAGAUGACACCCAUCGCGAGUCAAGAACCAUCGAGGACCGGUACCCCUGUUGGUGCAACAACUCCCAUCCGCAGCCCAACUUCAUCGAUCCCGUCUACACCAAGAAGAGGCAGCCCCACAACCACACCAGUGGAGCACGAAGAUGGCAGCAGCAACAAGUGCACAGCUAACCAGAAUGGUACUAAGAGGGAACUAAGCGAGGAAGAACUGAAACUGAAGACGAGGAGGGAGAUCGUCGCACUCGGUGUGAAGCUUGGCAAGAUGAACAUUGCUGCUUGGGCGAGUAAAGACGAGGAAGAGAAGAACAUGGCACGGUCGGUUGAGCAGAUUGAGUUCGAGAAGCGUGCUGCUGCUUGGGAAGAAGUUGAGAAGUGUAAACACACAGCAAGAUAUAAACGAGAAGAGAUACAAAUCCAAGCAUGGGAAAGCCAUCAGAUAGCAAAGCUGGAAGCAGAGGUGCGCAGAACUGAGGCUCAAGUGGAGCAAACGAAAGCGCAAGCAGAAGCGAGGAUGGUGAAGAAGGUGGCGAUGGCGAGGCAAAGAGCCGAGGAGAGACGAGCAACAGCUGAGUCGAGAAAGGAUAGAGGUGCAGAGAGAACAGCGGUGAAAGCUGAAUACAUUCGCCAUACAGGGAAGAUGCCGUCUACUCAUUAUAUCUGCUGUGGCUGGUUGUGAAUUGUGAUGUGUAGUUUGGGUUGAGCUAGCUGGUGUGGCCCCUAGCAGUUUUGUAUGUUCAGUAGCGCUCUCAAUUAUCAUCAUUUGCUUCAUUUUUAUUGAAAGGGUGAUAGUCACUAGAAGUUCCCUCGAGCGGAUUUGGGGAUUGAGAAGAGAAAAAAUUAGGAACCGGGAAGAAUUGGGAUUAGGGAUUGUAGAGUUUAUUGAUAAUAAACCUUUAAUCUACAUAGUACUGAUCUGAACCCUUAAGUAGGAGUUUGAAAAUAAUACGAAACUAGUUUCAAAUUUUUUAUGCUCACUUCAUAUGUGAGUAUAAGAUAUGAUUAAAAUUCUCAAUACUUAGCACGUUCAUUUAUGAUGUUUUAAUUCUCUAAUCAUAAAUCAUACUGUAAAGGUUUAGCACGUUCCAUUUAGAAUAUUACAUAACGAUUGUCAAUCAUACUGCUCCAAUUUAUUAUCUUGUAAAACAUAUAACAAUUCCUGAUUCUCGAGUUAGGACAAACUACCAACCAAUUAUUAAGAGUUCGGAUUAUUGGAUAAAUAUACUUGAUUACUGGAUAAAUUGUGUAUAUCCCAAGUAAAACGUGACACAGACUGUACCCCUUAAGAAGUUAAGAUGAUCAACUUCUCUAAUAUUGACUCAUUUUCAUGGGAAUGUUCUUGAAGUUUCGGCUAACGAUCUUAUGUAAAAAAUUGUCUAUCAAGAGACUCAAAUUUAGUAUAUAUAAUAGAGUAAAUACAAUUUAUUAAUCAAAUCUUUUAAACUUU